GUUCAAACAUGGAGAGACAGAGACGUGUCUCUUGUCCUCUGCUGCUGAUGACGUCCAUGAGUCAAUAUUUGGACUGUGGUUAACGAUCUAUCAGCUGGACCUCUGUCCUCAAACGUCCGUCCACACAGGACCAGAAGACAACAAGAGACGAGACAGCGCCACCGUCCUCAGCCAUGUCUCCGAGUCUCUGGACUCUGCUGCUCUGCUCCACUCUCGUCCAAUGUUCAGUGGUCCUGGACCAUCCCAGUGCUGCUCAGAUUCUGUCCUCGUCCUCCAGGAGACGUCGGUCCAACUCCCAGUUCCUGGAGGAGCUCCUCCCUGGGAACCUGGAGAGGGAAUGUUACGAGGAGCGCUGCUCCCAGGAGGAGGCGGGCGAGAUCUUCCAGAGCCACGAGAAGACGAUGGAGUUCUGGUUCAGGUACACAGAUCUGAACCCCUGUGGGACCAACCCCUGUCUGAACGGAGGCCUCUGCUCCCUGGACCGAGGACACGUCACCUGUCUCUGUCCUCCCCAGUACCAUGGCAACCUCUGCCAGACAGAGGUGUUGGAGUGUCGCUAUAGAAACGGCGGCUGCCUGCAGUACUGCAGGGACCUGGCAGGGGGCGCUGGAGUUCAGUGUGGCUGCGCUGAUGGAUUCAGGCUGGAGGCCGACGGGAAGAGCUGCUCCCAGAACGUGGCGUUUCCCUGCGGCCGCCAGCAGAGGACGUGGUCGUCCCGAAGUCGCUCUGGGCUGAUCAACGUCACCAUGGAAACAGACGCCAUGUUGGACGGAAACGUCACAGACAGCUGGUUGGAACUAAACGCUACAGAGCUGACAGUGAACGCGUCAUCUGGGGGGAACCAGACAGAGGUGGGGGGGGCGAUGACUCGUAUCGUGGGUGGAUCCCUGGAGACACAAGGAGGGAGUCCCUGGCAGGUCCUGAUCCGGAGGGCUGAUGGUUUCGGGUUCUGUGGGGGGACCCUGGUCUCGGACCGCUGGGUCGUCUCUGCUGCUCACUGCCUGGAGGAGACUCCAGACCACGUCACUGUAGGGGACUAUGAUAAGAAGCGUCCUGAUCCAGGGGAGCAGCUGAUCCAGGUCCAGCAGGUCUUCGUCCAUCCUCACUUCCACUCGUUCACGUUUGACAGUGACAUCGCUCUGCUCUACUUGUCCAAACCUGUCCUCAGAGGUCCCACAGCGUCCCCCGCCUGUCUCCCAGACCCCCACCUGUCCCAGUACCUGCUGAAAGAUAAUAGCAUGGGUCUGGUGACGGGAUGGGGGUCCACUCGGUACCUGGGGCCGUCCUCCCGGUUCCUGAGGAAGGUCACGCUGCCAGUGGUUCGAUUCCAGGACUGCACGGCCUCCACGGACCAGGUGAUCACAGACAACAUGUUCUGUGCCGGGUACCUGGAGUCCAGCCUGGACGCCUGUAGGGGGGACAGCGGGGGACCGUUCGUGGUGAACUACAGAGGGACCUGGUUCCUGACCGGCGUGGUGAGCUGGGGCGAGAAAUGUGCCGCCCCAGGUAAGUACGGGGUCUACACCAGACUGGGCAACUUCCUGAGCUGGAUCAGAGAAACCAUGUCCAGACGAGACCUGGACCCCGUGGAUGAACCGACCAAUGAGAACUGAGGAACUAAAUAAAAUAAACUUGAUGCUUUUAUUUUGAUGCUUUUAUUUUGUUAUACCACAGUGAUUCUCUCGAAUCUUUUCUUUUGUUAACAGCCGUGUGACUUCCUGUCACCUGGAUUAGAACCAUCUGAACUGACCUGGACUCAUCAGGUGUGAACUACAGACAUAGAUACGUAGACGCUGCAUUGAGCAGGUUGGUCCGUUGCUGUGAUAUGUCAAUGCGUCCACCAUAUUGGAUGUGGCACAUCAGCCCCGUAAACUAAUAAAAGGAAAUGACUGAACUUCAUAAAGCUCCAUUCUACAAAGUGCUUUAAGUUAAUGCCUCUCAUUCACACACACACACACAUAACACACACACACACAGAAACACACACACACACACACACACACACACACACACACACACACACACACACACACACACACACACACACACACUAAUGUAUCUGGGAAACAAACAGGCACCAAAAACAACACAUGUAACUUUUUAACAUCUUUUCUGUGUUUAUCCCACUAAACAUUAGACGUCUGACCGACGUGCAGAUCAUGUCUAUGUUGCCUCCGUUGGUCCACGACGUGUCGGACUAAGUCCGAUGUCUGGACGUCUAACCACGACCUGAUUUAGACGUUAAUAUACUGGUCACAAUUCAGACCAGGUCUGAGUCUAAAACAGGUGCAGUUUUUUUUUUUUUUUUUUUAAUUAAAACAUGAUUAUUUAGGAAUGGAAAUGAUGUGAGAUUUAACACCAUUUUAUUAUUUAGUUUAUUUAUUUAUUGAGAGUUAUUAUUUGUUCGUUUGUUUUCAUGUUUAUUUUCAUGUUCUCCCUCUGUAUUUCUGGAUUCAGGUCUGGCUAAGAUUAUCCGCUAGGCUAAUAUUAGCUCUGCACCACAGCUGUACCAUAAUAAAUCAUCCAACCAGAAGCUACUGUCACACAGGACAUUUACUGAAGGGGUCAAACUAUCGUAUGUAAUGGAAUUAUUGGAAUUAUUGAUCGUAUAUCGUAUAGAGGGUGAAAUAAUUGUAAAAAUAUGAUUAUCACACGAUAAAUAUAUUGUACAACCAUUAUUAUAUAAUAACCAGAUUCUGAAAUGUGGAUGUGACAUGAGGGUUUUCUGAAUAAAGAGCACCAACGUUUACAUUUAA